UGAAAGGAGGGAAAAAAUAAUAAAAUUUCUAAAAAUAUAUAUAGUGGAAGAGAUUGUGAAAGGAGAGAAAAUGAUAAGAAAACCGAUUGAGAGAAAUCGAAGUCCGAUGCAGGCUCCGCGCCCUGCGAGGCUGAGCGCGGCGCGCAGCGCGUCGGACGAGAAGAUGGAGCAGCACUUCCUGCAGCAAAUGGAGCUGAUCAGGGAGAUGAGCAAGGCACAUCCGUGCGUAGCUGAGCGCGAGCUCUGCCCCAAGUGGCUGGGCAUCUUCUCGCGCACGACCAAGGACGAGAAGUCGGCGAGGAACUGCCUGAUCACCCUGAUGCACAACCAGCUAAAGCAGGACAGAAAGCUGAGCUACCCCUUUACGGAUUUGCUCAACUGCAAUCGGGACUUGCGCACGGUGCUCGACUACUACGAUGCUCGGCGCAAGCCGACGAGGCAGAACCGGAACGACGCCCCCCCCCUGAGCAAAAUCGUAACGCAGCCAGUAAGGACGCUGCUGCGCAAGCCAGACUCCCCCCCGCAGACUAUAAAGAGGAGCAGUGCCGUGGGCUUGCGUGUGCCGGAGCCGUCGCGUGCGAGUGUUCCCACCGUGGGGCUCGAGUCGAAGCCGCAGAGCAACCCAAAUGAACCCCCCCCAAAUGCAGCAAAGAUUGCCGAGAAGCAGAUAGGCCAAUUGGAUAAAGGCGCCCCCCCCUGGCACCAUGAGCUCAUCGCUAAUAUCAAGCCCGGUUGUAAAGUGCCGACCCCCCCCAGGCCUCAGCCAGGUCCACUUCGGCCGCUUAUCCUAAUGAGCCCACCCAGGCCCCCCCGCUCCACUUCCGCCCCGGUCAACGACUUGCCAGUGGCUGUUCAGCGAGACCCGCCCCCAAAGGAUUUGCCUGUGCCUAAUCGCCGAUCGAAGCCCUUGCUUGAGCUGUACAAGAAGAAGCACUUCAAGGAGCACGAAAGCGAUCCCGAUCCAGAAAUGUCUAAAAAUCAGCCGAAGAGGCUCAUAUCGUUGGCUCCGCGACCCGCGCGGUUCCAGCGACCCGACCGACCUGAGCGACUCGAAUGGCCUGAGCGAGCCGAGCGACCUGACCGAUCCGAGCGACCUGACCGAUCCGAGCGACCUGAGCGAUCCGAAAGAGCUGAACGAUCCGGACAACCUGAGCGAUGCGAGCGAAUCGAACGGCCUGAGCAAUCCAAUAUUCCUGAGCGAUCUGAACGACCUGAACGAUCCGAGCGACUUGAGCGACUCGAACGGCCUGAGCGAGCCGAACGGUCUGACCGACCUGAGCGAGCCGUACGGCCUGAGCGAUCCGAACGAUUCGAACGGCCUGAGCGAUCCGAGCGACUCGAACGACCUGAACGAUCCGAGCGACUUGACCGACUCGAACGGCCUGAGCGAGCCGAACGGUCGGACCGACCUGAGCGAGCCGUACGGCCUGAGCGAUCCGAGCGACUCGAACGACCUGAGCGAUCCGAACGAGCUGAGCGAACCGGACAACCUGAGCAAUGCGAGCGAAUCGAACGGCUUGAGAGAGCUGUAAAGCCUGAGCGAUCCGAACGAUUCGAACGGCCUGAGCAAUCCAAACUUCCUGAGCGAUCCGAGCGGCACGAACGACCUGAGCGACUCGAGAGACCCGAUCGGCCCGAGAAACCUGUGCGGCCCGAGAGACUUGAACGAGCCGAACGACCUGUGCGACCUGUGCGACCCGAGAGACCCGAACGACUCAUGCGUCCCGAGCAACUCGCACGACUCAUGCGACCUUUGCAUCAGGACAACACGUCAGAGCGUAUGCGCAAAAUGAUGGACAUCGAGCGACGCAAGGAGCAGCAGGCGAUCGAGCGACAGCAGCGCGAACGCGAGCGUGAGCGUCAAAAGGCGCGCGAAGCGGAGGAGAAGAAGCGCGAGGAGCAGUUGCUGGAGCAGGAGCGGCUGCGUAAGCAGAAGGAGCACGAGAAUCAGUUGCUGCGCGUGCACGAGCAGCGCGAGCACGAGCGCAACUUGCGCAGGCAGAGGGCGAAGGAGAUGCGUUUGUUCACGCUGAAGAAGCCCGAGAAGCAGGCCGUGCAGCCGGAGUCGAAGCAGGAUUCGCGCGCAGAGAUGCUGCGGGAGACGAUAGAGAUUGAAGCCAAGCUUAAGGAACAGAAAUCGGCCAUCCAGAAAUCCAGGGCGGAGGAGCUCCGACUUGAGCGCCUGGGGUGGGAGAAACUUGAGGGGAAACAAACUGAGUUGCAGAACCACCAGGCGCCCAAGAAGGAGAGCCUCCAGCCCUUGGAGGUAAACAUUGACCCGGCAAUCGGCGAAAAGCUGAAAUAUGAACUGAUGCGCGUCGAGGAGCUCAAAAAGCUGCACGAGCAGGAGAAAAUGCGCCAGCAGGAGGAGCAAAUAAGACGGCGCAGCGAGGAGCUCGAGCGGAAGCUAACCGCAGCGCGCGACAAGCAGCUGGCGAACAAGCUGCGUUCCAUUCUGAGUCAGCAGCAGAACCAUCAGGUCGCCGAGGCCCUGAGGAUGCAGCAGAGGCUGCUGGAGGGAGAGCCUUUAUCGACGUCGCGCUCUAGCAAGGAAGGUAGCCCGAGCCAAGUUCCGAGCCAACAUGAGCCAGAGCCAGUGGAGCAACGACCCAAAAGCAACUCGAACUCGAAUUCCAAUCCGAGCUCGAACACUAGAUCGAAGCACAGUCAUAGCAACAGGACUCGAGGUGGCGAUAGCAAGCCUCCAAUCCACACGCCUCUUCCAGCACCAACACCAUCGCCCUCUGUCUCCCCAACGCCCGUUCAGUCCAAUGAGCAGCUGAACAACACCAGGCGCCUGGAGCUGCAGCAAUACACCAGGGAGUGCUUCCUGCAGCACAUCGAUGAGCAGCGGCUGCGCCUGCAGCUGGCUGAACAGAAGGUCCACACCAUCGAGGUGGAGAAGCAGCAGCUGGAGAAGGAGAUCAAGGAGCGCCUCGACAUGCUGGAGUGGCUGACCCAAGCGCAGAGCCGCAGCGAAAUGAAUGUCCUGGGCAAGAGCGGGUCGGGCUCGGUGCCAGAGUUCGUGAAGUUCGCCUGGCGUGUCCAGCGCUUGAACAGCGACACCAAGUACAAGUCCAUUGCCAAGCGGAUGGAAGCGGCGGGGCGGCGAGCCCAAUCCGCGAGCGUCAACAAGUGCAAGCGCAUGUGGUCGCCCCUGAUGAGACGCUACAUUCAGUUCGAUCGGCGCCGCAGGUCGAGCUCGAGCGAGACUCUGCUGCCGUCCGACGCGGAGCUGAGGAGGGAGCUGAAGAGGUACCUGCGCAAGAAACUGCAUUCCCAAACGCAGCAGCAGGAGAACUCCAGCGGGGAGUACUUCACAACGCAGCCGCAGUCGCAGCGCUUCCAGCACUUCAUUGAGAUGAGCAAGUCGCGGGUGCGGGUCGAGCGAAGGAAACCCAAGAGAGCGACCAAAGCGACCAAAGCGAACAAAGCGACCGAAACGACUGAAGCGACCGAAGCGACGCCCGGCCACGACAGCAGCUGCAGCAGCUUCAGCUGUCGCGCAGUCUAUGGCGGCGACGACACCGUCCACGAGCUGAAUGAGUCGAGGCCCAGAGCUGUAGCCAUGCGCCAUCAAUGCCCGUGCCGAUUGCGCCAGAAGCAGAAGCAGGAGAGGGAGAGGGAGAGGGAUAGAGACAGAGACAGGCAGAGGGGAACGGGUGACGGCACUGCAAUACACUGCUCACAGUCCACGCAGACAGAUAUCUUUCGCCACGCACUGCGCACGAGCUCCGCGCGCCGCUCGCUGCUCAAUCGCAACAGACGCAGGAUGCAGAAGCGCAUGCGCCUGCAGCUUAUGCGGAAUCGCAGACGUCAUCAGGACCAUUUGCUAUCGGGCGAGCACUUUCAGUUGUCCGACCGCGAGCUGGAGGAGGAGCGGAGCAUCUUCCAGCGGCUGCUGCAGGGCAGCGAGCCGGGCGCGAACGGACGGGACCAGCUGCUGGUGGAGAAUGCGCUGAUGGAGCGCAAGCUGCUCGUGGCCAAGCAGCGGGAGCAGCAGCUGAAGCAGCUGCAGGCCCAGAUGCUGAAGGCCUCGGUCGAGGUGCUGCAGCUGCUCGACGAGGCGAAGGAGGUCUCCAGGCCCGACACAGAGACCACAUGCAAUCGCAGCUGCAUUCGCUGGCGACACGAGAUGCAGUUGUCCGUCAAGCCACUGGUCCAGGUGCCCUGCCGCAUCUUUGGGAUGCUCUUCGAGCCGCUGCUGCACGACGGCGACGACCAGGUGGAGCUGCGCCGGCAGAUCGACAAUCUGGAUGCGCAGCUGGACAAGCAUCUGGCCAGCCGGCUGAGCCGCGCGCUCGACAAGUGCCACACCUGCUGCUGCCAGCAGCGCCUGCAGCCCGCCUGGGAGUCCCAUCUGGAGCACGACCUGGAGCACCGCAAGGUGCUGGCCACUCACAGCUUCCAGCUGCUGCGUCAGCUCUUCGACGAGCACUGCAGCAAGUCGCGCGCCAUCUGGCUGGGCGCCCUGCAGACCAUCGAGACGCUCUAUUUCGAGCAGAUCGCCGAGAAUAUGUCAAUGGCCCGACCGGCCAAGGGCUCGAGUCUCCACAAGAGAUCCAAGCACUAAAUCCUGGAAUUUCCCAAGUCCCUUGCGAUUAAAGAAUCGUCAGCUCUAGUUCCUACGGCUGACAAGGGCACUGCCGGCUUGACUAAAUCAUCUGAUAUGGAGUUACCUUGGAUACCACGAUCUCUCCUUCCCAUUAUUCCCGCAUUCGAUGUACCAUAUUUUGAUCAUAGUUUCCAAAUUCGCUUAGUUGCAUUUAAUUAUGUUCGAUCCUUUGUUGUUUUGCAGCUGAUAAGUCUAGUUACCGAUAGGUCUGAGGCCUGUCGACCUCAUGAAUGCCUUUCGUUUAAAGAAUCCCUUGUCAAUAAAGAUCUAGUUA